AAUUCUACGCAUGAAACAGUGAAAUCUUUUCGGCACAGAAUGUUAAAAAUUCAACAAGUUUAUUUUCUUAUAUGUACAAAAUUUUAAUAUCUAAAAAUAAGUGUGUAAAAGAGAACACGAAAUAUGGGCGACAAAUCAAAAGGAGGCGGUGAUGCUGGUGGUGGAGGGGCGAAGGCUAACGAUGUAUUUAGAGACCCGUUUAUUCGAUAUUUAGCAUACGUUGGUGAAAUUGGCAGAUCUUUAAGUACAUUUUCAUGCCCUGUUAGCAAAAAUUUAUCGUUUUUUACGGGCCUUACAUCAACUUACAUUUUAGCCGAUACCGUUCGUACAGGCUACAUGGCAUUCAAGGACAAUCAGGGUGCUGGAAAAGAAGAUAAAAAAGACGAUAAAAAGGAAGACAAAGAUGAUAAAGAUGACAAGAAAAAGAAAGGAAAAGAUCAAAAGAAAGGGAAAGACGACAAAAAAGAUGAAAAGGAAGAAAAACCACCACCGCCUCCCGGUCCAAAACCCAUCGCUGCAGCAUUUGAUCGAUAUACAUGGCAUAUGCUAGCUUCAUUAUUAAUACCAUCAUAUACUUUAGGGGGUGUACGCAAUGGAGUCGAUCGUUUUAUGUGUUUCUUAAAAGUACCCAGGCCGUUAAGAACAUAUGCUGUAGCUUUCAGUGCACUUACAUUAAUUCCUCUAAUUAUCAGACCCAUUGACAUGUUGUCUGAUCAUAUAUUAGACGUCUCUCUUAGGAAAAUAUAUAGCCCACCACCACCUCCUUCUCCACCUCCAAAGGAAGAAGAAGAUGACAAAAAGGAUAAAAAGAAGAAGAAAUAAACAAUACUUAAGUGCAUUCAACAAAAAAAACGCCAAAACAAAACGUUCCAGUUCUCAACAAAAUACUUGAAAAAUAUUAGUGAAGUCGUUCAUAUUUUUCAUAUCAAUUAUUUUUAGACAUGAUCAAAAUUUCAACAACAAAAAGUGAUUAGUUUUUACAUGGUGAUGACUUUUAGAAAAAUAUAUACAUU